GAACAUUAGUACGCUUAAGUGAGUAAUCAGUGUUCAGUUUCUUCGAUGUAUGAAAGUAUAUCUAUAGCCAUUCACCCACACCUGCGAAUGUCAAUCAAUUGAUCCACAAGACACUUCCAGUUCGAUUGGUUCAUGCAACUUUAGGGAGGCAGGAUCUUCGUGAAUGUCGCUACCCUGUUGGCAAAGAGUUGAGUCCGUCAAGUCCGAGUUCUGAAGUUCGAGAAAAGAGUUUAGCUUGCUGGCUACCUAGUUAGCUAAGGGGAAGAGUGUGAGCAAUAGCUGAGAUCGAAAGCACGGUGCUGGGCUAAACCACUAGGGGGGUGAUGUCUGGAAGCAGCGACAUCACCAACGGUAAUAGUUCCGGAGGCAGCUGGUCCGUCCUCCCGUCCGAGGAGCCUGCUGUUGGAAAUGUUGACCCCGGAGCUGGGGGGAGUGAAAGUUUGACAGACAUACCCAGCUUGGCACUGGGAGAAAGAGGUAAGGAGACAGAGCCGCUGACAGGUGACAGUGCCGCAGAAAUGGAGGGAGUUCACUCCAAGCAGGACCUGCAGUUUCAAGAACCUGCUGUUGAAAAUAUUGGCCCAGAAGCAGAAGUGAACGAAGGCCUCACAGAUAUGCCUAGCUCAGCACAGGAAGUGACAGAGGCUGUCACUGAGGCGGAGACAGGGGGGAGUACAGAGCAGACUGGGGACAUCCGCUCAGAGGAAGGUCUGCAGAUUUGCCAAGAAACCGCGCCUGAGAGCAGUGAAGGCUCCGCCCCUCCCAGCCCCACCCUUUUGGGCCCCGCCCCCUCCAGCCAUGUCUCCCUUGGCUGCAACCUUGAGGGCGGCAGCUCCGUUAACCAUGAACCCGAAACGUUCUCCGACACGUACACCCACGUGAGCUCCUCUCCCGAGGAGAGCCACAUACCCAUCGGCCAUUACCCAGAGUCCGAGUCACCGGGAAGGGACGGCGUUCAGCAGGAAGAGGAGGGGUCUGAGCUGGCCAAAAAAGUGGCCGAAGUGGGGAAACAAGCAGUGCAAUUGGUGGAUCAGCUGGUCAAGGACAUGUUCCAUGUCUGGGAAAGGAAGCUGACGAGACGAGGAAUCUCUGAUUUGCCCUACGACUCUGAGUUAGGGGCGGAGCAAGGCCCCGAGGGGGAGGGGCUGAGGAAGAGAAAAGUGUUCCCAGUCGGGCCCUUGGACCAGCCGGGGAGGGAGGGUGGUGAGGUGGACGAAGACCAACCGCUUAGGCCCAGAGAGGGUGAUGAGUACGGAAGCGAAAGGUUCUGGAUUUUUGAAAGCUUGCGAGAGUGUUUUUCUUUAGCAGAGGAUGUUCAUGUGAGAGAGCUGAAUGACCAGGAGCUGCCAGGAAGUCAGGCGUUUCAGAACGCAGACGCUGACCCCCAGGGAGUUCAGGAAAUGGCAGAGGUUCUGGAUAAACUUGCUAAAGAGAACCAGCAGAUCAGUGAACUACAGGCACAGCUACAGUCUCAGAAAGAGGAGCUCGACCUGGCCCUGCAGCACGCAGAGGUGAAUGGGAGAGAGAGGGUCCAGAAUGGAGAGCUGGAGAAAGAGAACGAGAGGAUGAAAGAGGAGCUGUCGUCUUUGCCUGCCCUCCAGAGCGAGCUGGAGUCCUUGAGGGCCAGAGUGACUGAGCUUACCUUGCUCACAGCCAAGGAAGAGUCUCAGGAACCCCCACUCUCCGCCUCCACAUCGCCCCCAUCUGACCAAAACCAGAGUGAUGCCCCGACCCCUGUGGUGGAGGAGACGGUGGGAGCAGCGGAGGAGAAGAGCCCCGUGGGGAGUCUAGAGGAGGAGCUGGAGCGGCAAAAAGUGCUGUUGGAGGGCAGCAGGAAGAGGCUGGAGGGGAUGAAGAUGGAGGGAGGUGGGAAGAAAGGGGUGAGGGAGGGGCUUGUGGAGAUGGAGAGGAGGCUGACCGAGGAGGUGGAAAAGCUGGGGAGGAGGGGAGGAGAGAAGAGGAAGAGACCUUGGGAAGGGAGGAGUGAGAGACGGGAGCAGAGGAAAGAGUUGAGGGGAGAGAAGGAGGCUAAAAAAUGGAGAAAUGGCGGCAAAGACGAAGGCAGGGACUGGAAGGAGAAAGAACUGAGAAAGGAGUGGAGAGGAGAGAAAGAAUGGAAAGAAGGGGGGGACAGAGGCAGAGAACCUGGUAAAGUUUGGAAGAAGAGGGAGGAGAGAAAAGAGUGGAAGGCAGAAAGGGAAUGGAAAAAGGGGAGGAAUGGUGGAAGAAAAGAAGGAAAAGAAUGGAAGGAGAGAAAGGAAGGAGCAGGUGAGAAACUGUGGAAAGCAGGCAGAGAUGGAGAUAGAGACCAGGGUGAUGGAAAGGACUGGAAACAGAGGGAAGAGGAGAAGGAGAAAGGCUGGUACAAAAACUGGGAGAGGAAAAGAGAUGGCUGGAAGGAGGAUAGAAAAAAUGGAGAUGGGAAAAAAUAUCAUAGAGAUCAUUUUCACAAGAAUGAGGAGGACAGGAAUGGGAAAGAAGGCAUGGGUGAGCAAAAAGAGAAGGCCAAGAAGGACAGACACUGGCAGGGUACACCAGACAAGACACCCCUGAGUGCAUCACACAGACACCACGAACACAACGACUAUUGGAAGCGGAAGAAAGAGAAACUCCAGCACUUCUAUCGCCCCCUAGUGCAGUGUAACGGUAUGGCAGAGUGUGCCAAAGCUGAAGGACUAGCUCCUGUCACGCUCACUGAUUUUGAGGCCCUCCUAGGGGGUUACCUGAGCAAGAUUGAGGAGGCUGGCCGUGAUGGUGGGGAAGAAAUUAGCAAGCUAGUCAAGGAUUUUUUUGUGGAUGGGGUUUUCACCCAUGACAAAAUUUCCUUCAGGGAUUUUGUGGAAGAUGUAGCUGACAUUCUGGAGGAUAUGGUGGAGGGUGAGGGAGAAGACGAUGAUGAGGUGGAGGAUGAGAUGGAGGAGUUUGAGAAGGAGGCGUUGAGGAAGUUUUCAGUGACAGAGGGAGAGGCGGAGGACCAGAGAGGUGAGAGGAAGAGAGGGAAUGUUGAAGUGAGAGGGUGAAGGGGUGGACUUAUAGAAACGGUUGAAGAAAAAUGAAUGAGGGUACGAGAAGGGGGUGGAGGGAGAGUUAGCACAGAUUAUGCCCAGGAGGUCUGCAUUUAGAGGAAAAUUGCUUAAAAUGUUAAGAUUAACAGCAGCUUAAUCUUUUAAUAAUUUUACUGCAAGGAUGGAUUAUAUUAAACCUAUAAAUCAUCUUCCUCAUACUACAGAUGUUCAGCUUGUACAACAUUACAUUUCUGCAGACACGCUUAUUAAUAGCAAAUUACUCGGAUUACAUUUUUAUGCACAAUCCAUUUAUACAGCCCAGAGGUACAGUAGUAGCACCCUGCACCGUCAAUCAAACCUGCAACCUUUGAGUUACAGCCCCCAGUUCCCUAAGCAUUGUCCUGUAUUACCGCCUACCAGUAGGUGUAACUACUUGUAGUCUAAAGGAGAUUUUCUCCGAUGCCACGGGCAGGUCAUGUGUUAUUUACUCUACUCCAUGUGGACAAGCCACCGACAAAUGUGCUUUGCUACAGAGCCUGAAGCUGGGGCUUCUGAGCAUAGAGGCUUGUCUGCCACCAUGUAGUCCACAACCAGUCCCAACCGUGUGGGGACUCCUCGUGUUUCAGCUAGUAGUGCAGCGCUCAGCCAGUCAAGUAUAGAGCUGAACAUAUUCUUCUGGAACCAUCCGUGGCAAGCCUCCAUCCACACUGCCCCUCCAUAUCUCUCCAAAUGGGCAUAAGUCCAUUUAAAACAUAAUUAAAGCUCUGUUUACUGUAGUUCCAUGCGUUUAAAAUUAGUGUUUCAAUACUGUCUUUUUGUACUACUUUGCAACUUAUUCAAGCUAUUUAACUGUUUGAAUGUAACAGAUCUUGUGUAUUUUCCUAUAUCUGUAGGCUAUGGUUUACUUUUGAUGACUAUUACAUAUUAGGCUAAAGCUUUAAUAGGCUGUGGUAGGCUUAAUAGGGUAGCACGUCUUUAGGAAUGCCGGGAACCUGAUUCUGCCUGUGAAUUGGAAGGGUUAGGCUGGAUUACGGCAGGUAAAACGUCAUUCUCUGUGAGAUGGGCUGAGAACCUUAAUAUCUGGUGUAUUCAGGAAAGUCUAAUAUUUUUGUGAAAUUGGAUUUAAAAGUUAAAUGUUUUGCAUAAAUCUAAAAUUUAAGUUGAUGAGGACGUGUUUGGUCCUGUAUAUAGAUUGCUUACUGUAGUUUCACUUGCUCUGGUUUUGUAGGUUUUGAUUAUGGUUGUGUUUUUAUUUAUUAAGCAUUUUCAAAUGCUAUUUUGUUGAAGACUACUUUUUCAACUGGUAUUGUUUGAUUACUACAUAGUUACAAAUGUAGAUGUACUGUGGAGCAUUAUAAAGUGGGUAAUUAAAUGAAACAUACUUUUUUGCUUUUAUACGUACAUUGCUAAGGUAUUUUGAGGUAAUUUAGGUAAUAUAUAAAUAUUCCACAAAGUGAGGUACAUUUAAAAAAUAAUAUAUAACAUUCAGGCCUGCAUCAGUUACAUUUGUAAGUACUUGAAACACUUUGACAACAAACCUGCUUAUCCCUGAGAAUUUCCAUUGAAACCUAUUGCUAACCAAAGUAUACAAUCAUAUUACAGGAGAAUUUUGUUCUGAAUUGUGAAAAUCAAUGUUGCUUUUAAGAUUGUCACUGACCUGAUAAUGUCAGACAAUGUUAAUAUGUCAAAUGUUUAUGGAACCCCAGUCUGAUAUCACUCCAUACAUAAGAUUGUGAUGUUUUUGUUUUUGGUUUUUGUUUUGGUAAAUGAGUAAAUGCACACUGUUUCUUCAGGGUUAAAGGGUCAUAUUUACUAUAGUCAUCAUACGAGGUGUCUUGCUCUACAUGAACAGUGCAGAAAUGACUUGAGUUGCUAUGGUGUUGGAACUAGCAGAAUGUGCUAAUCUGAAUUCCUUGAGUAAUCGUAAAAUCAUGAUAGCUGAGUAUUUUCACUUCAAUAAGACAUUUGUGUGGAACUAAAACAGUCUGUGGAUAACGUUUUCUUUGAUGUAGAGUGUAAAUGUAGCACAUACACCAGUUCAGAACAGUACCGCCGUGUUCUACUGCGGAAAGUAUAGUUACACUGUUGUCAAAAACUCUAGUUGGAAGGAAAAUGUCAUAUCAUAUAUUCUAAAGCCCGUUUGUUUCAAGGAGACAAGGCAAGGAAUUUUCCUUCGUUUGGAAGCACAACUAAUUGUAGGAUUUCCUUAGCUUUUUGCAAAAAUAUUUACGUGAAUAAAAAACUUGAAAAGCUGAA